UCGUGGCUCCUUUGCUGUUGGUUGUAAGAUGGAACUUUGCGUUUUUCCUCUACGAGAUUUUCACUCGAAUGUCUUCUCUAAACAGUUAACAUCGCAGCCGAAAGACUCUGUAAAUACUUUCUGCCUGUCACUCUUCGGACUAAACAGCAUUGCUCUUUUUUUAUUCAGCUCCCACUGUUCACGCGUUCCAGAAGUCUCCGGUACCCAACCGAGAAAUAACACACAUUACAGCGACACUUGACUCGGGAGAAAAACUAUGUUUGACGCAGAAAUACGCAGCUGAUGGACCGCAUGAAUUAUUAUUAUUAUCCUCUCCAAAAUGAUGGCUUUUAACAGCGACGGCAUGACUGUGGUUAGAAGAUGCCUUCUGACGUUCAAGCCCUUCAGGAUUUUCGUGGUAGGGCUUGGCUUCUUCAGCCUCUGCUUCCUAAUGACCUCUCUGGGGGGCCAGUUCUCGGCCAAACGGCUCGGAGACUCUCCCUUUACCAUUCGCACCGAAGUACUAGGAGGGCCAGAGUCUCGUGGAGUCCUGAGGAAAAUCAGUGACAUGUUGGAGAUUAUUUUGAAGAGAAUUGACACCCUAGCAAAACUCAGCAACAGCAGCAAAAGCCACAGCCUGGAGGAGCUCAGCUCUACUCUUGAGAGGUUUCAGCCUAUGGGAUUAGUGGAACGGAUUCAAGCAAUUGCUCAGAAUGUGUCAGAAAUGGCUGUGCGUGUGGAGCAGAUCCUGCAGAAGAGUAAAUAUCCUGCCACAGGGAGAGAUGGAAUGGCAGGGCAGUGUGAAAUCCCAAAAGAUCCUGGCUACCCGGACUGUGCAAGUAAAAUCGAUUGGAUGAGGGCCAGAUGGACAUCAGACCCUUGCUACGCAUUCUAUGGAGUUGAUGGCUCUGACUGCUCCUUUCUCAUCUACCUGAGUGAGGUGGAGUGGUUCUGCCCCCUGCUUGCCUGGAGGAAUCAGAGCAUUCAGCCCACCAGCAGCACCACACCAAAGACACAAGCAAUAUUUCGUGCUGAUAUGGGCCCUCUGCUGGAGCAGGUGGGUUCAGGGAAAGAGUCUCUGAGCUUCAUGAGGAGGCGGAUACGCAGGUUGGCUGUGCAGUGGGCUGUAGCUGCUCGCAGGCUGGAUGAGCGUCUGCGCAGCCAACAGAGGCAACAAAAGAGGGUGCUGGUACAUGUGGGUUUUCUGACAGAGGAGUCUGGUGAUGUGUUCAGCCCUAAGGUGUUAAAAGGAGGACCACUGGGUGAGAUGGUGCAAUGGGCCGAUAUCCUCAGCGCACUUCAUGUGCUGGGACAUGACCUCAAGAUCUCACUGUCAGUCAAAGAGCUGCAUGGGUUUCUUGGUGUUCCUCCAGGAAGAGGAAGUUGCCCAUUGCGAGGACGUUUCCCUUUUGACCUCAUCUACACUGACUACCAUGGACUGCAGCAGAUGAAGCAACACAUGGGUCUCUCUCUCAAAAAGCACAAAUGUCAUAUCCGGGUGAUUGACACAUUUGGCACUGAGCCAGCGUAUAACCAUGAGGAAUAUGCCACCCUGCAUGGCUACAGGACCAACUGGGGCUACUGGAACCUCAACUGCAGACAAUACAUGACCAUGUUCCCACAUACUCCUGACAACUCCUUCAUGGGCUUUGUUGCUGAAGAACUAAACCAAACAGAGCGGCUGAACAUUCAGAGAGAGAAAGUCAACAAUAUGGCAGUGAUCUAUGGCAAAGAGGCCAGCAUGUGGAAGGGAAAAGACAAGUUUCUCACCAUUCUCCACCGCUACAUGGACAUUCAUGGGACAGUUUAUUAUGAAUCCCAGCGGCCUCCAGAAAUCCCUGCCUUUGUCCGAAAUCAUGGCUUGUUGCCUCAACAAGAGCUUCAGCAGCUUCUUAGGAAGGCCAAGCUUUUUGUAGGGUUUGGCUUUCCUUAUGAAGGUCCUGCCCCUUUGGAGGCCAUAGCCAAUGGCUGCAUUUUCCUUCAGCCCAAAUUUAAUCCGUCUCGUAGCUCUCUCAAUAACGAGUUCUUCAGAGGAAAGCCCAUGUCCAGAGAGGUGUCCUCUCAACACCCCUACUCUGAGCAGUACAUUGGCAGACCGCACGUCAUCACCGUGGACUAUAACAACUCGGAGGAAAUAGAGUCGGCCAUUAAGGCAAUCUUGAAAGCUAAGGUAGAGCCCUUCUUGCCUUAUGAAUACACCUCUGAAGGAAUGCUAGAGAGACUGAAUGCAUACAUCCAACAUCAGGACUUUUGUCGCAUCACUAUCCCCUUUCCAUCAGCCAAUGAGUCCAAACUGUGGCCAGGGAAUCCACCGAACCCUUUUGUCCUCAUGCCCAACUCCACAAGUGUUGUAUGGGCCUCAAACAUCAGUGCUCCAGCAUCUUGGCCACCUCUCAGUGCCCUGAGGUUGCUUCUUAGUCCUGAGGCCUCUUCGUGUGUGAAGACAUGCCAGGAUGCUGGCCUCAUCUGUGAGCCUGCCUUCUUUCCUUUCAUUAACAACAUGGAGGCAUUCAAUGGGAUUGAUGUUCAGUGUGAGGCUUUGGAAAUGGAGAUGAACCACUUAUUUCCAGCUGUGGCUAUCAAGGGGAGAGAGUGUUUCCUGCAAAAGGAAGUCCUUCUGUUCAGCUGUGCUGGGAUCAGUACCAAACACAGACGCCUUUGUCCCUGCAGAGACUUUCUCCAGGGUCAGGUGGCUCUGUGCAAGGAUUGUCUCUGA